AAGCAUGUUACAUAUCCAAUGAGGUUCGGCUCGGAUGGCAAGUAUCUGAAGCCAAUCUUCGGCGAGGAAGGGUUGUCCAUACUCCACAGCGUCACGCAUAUAGAGUGCUCCCCUUACUGAUACCGUUUCUUCGUCAAGAGCUUUCCAUCACGUCCUUGGCCUCUCACAAUCAACGAGCGUCCUUUUACAAUAGCAUCCAAGACUACAGAAGAUUUGCUCCUCACACCUAUCGAGGGCAAGCGUCACGAAAGGACCCGGGGAAGGAUCUCUCUAUUCCAACAUAUCGAGCCUCAAGUACCAAACACAGAUAUCUUUGCUGGAAACCAGAACCUCCAUAUUUGCGUAAAUAUCGAUGCACGCCAAGAUCGUUUCCCAGAGACCUCGCUGCGAGCGAUGGUUCAAGAUGUGACUGAGAUAUUUUCCAGUCAUCCAGAUUAUCCGAAAGUUAUGGAGGUCAUGCUGACCAUGGACGAAAGGAUCGUGGUUAGCUUGGGCUGGGAAAUUGAUUUGAAGUCGAAGGCGAACCAGCUUCCUGGCUACAUUGCUUGCUGUGAAGUUGAUACUGGAGUGGACGAUACCAGUCACGAGCGAUGGUUUCAUUGGGGCCCAAGACAGCUCACCGAUCAUCCGUGGCCUGUUCAUGUCAGCGAACUACCCCUAUUCCCUGGAACGAAGCUUCGUGGUUCCAAAGGUGUUGGGAACUUGAGAGGGAAAGGGGAUACACCACGCUUUGCAGUAACUGGAUCUAGUGGCGUUCUCAUCAAGAACCAAAAGGACCAACAUUUGAUGACCACGGCAGCGCGUAUUGUUCACCCAGGAGAUGUUGUAGGGAUGAGGGAGUUCUUCUUACAAAACAGAAUUGGAAUGGCUGUAGAUGUGGUCCCGGGUACAGAUGUUGCUCUGGUAAAGCUGGACGAGGCUAUCAAUUACAAGAACCAGCAUGGGACUAUGCCAUUUGCGCGGCUACUGGGCGAGGACCCAGGUGAUGCGCUUCCAUGGGACACUAUUGUCAGUCUCGCUACACGCUGGCCUCCUUUUACUAAAGGUAUAAUCGUUGCAAAGUCAGUCAGAGUCGUGCGUAAUCCUGCCACCACUCACUAUCGGGUCUGUCACUGGGCUUGGACUGGCCAACCGGAGGAUGAAAAAGGCCCGAACCUUACGCCAGAAGACAAAAUGGUUGGAGCUGCUGCGAUGAACGAGACUGGAGUUGUGACAGGGUUGCUCCAUUCCAACAAACACGGUCUGUGGGCAGGCUACUCUGUCAUGUCGAGUGCAAGUGAACUGGUGGAUGCCGGUUACAGUUUAGUGAGAUGA